AUGAGCGGAGGAGAUUGGAUGUGCAAUGCGUGCCAGCACAUCAACUUCAAGAAACGGGAGGCCUGCCAGCGCUGCGCCUGCCCCAAGUACUCCACCGCGGCGGAGGUGGAGGCGUAUGCGGCGGCGCAGAGAACCCAAGUAAUGGCGGGAGACUGGUAUUGCAGCGCCAUGAACUGCGGCGCACACAACUACGCCAGCCGAAGCACCUGCUACCGCUGCGGUGGCGCCAAGAGCUACUGCGGCUAUGCAUUCGACGCUGUUCCCGGCUGGAAAACCGGUGACUGGAUUUGCAACCGGUAUCCAUCUCUUCCUUCUUAUACUUAUAUUUAA